GAGUCCGAAGGGGUCGCGCUCGGAGAUGUUCCUCGGAAAUCGAUCACUGCGCUGAAAUAAAAGCCAGUUGUCAUGUGGGAAGAGUGAAAGAAACUUUUUAAAUCCUCCCGGCCGACGUUUCGAUCAUCAGAAGUGCCAUUGGGGGCUUGAGAUAUGACAGAAAAGCGGUGAAGAGCCAACGGAGCGAGAGGCCACGGGAAAUGACAAUUGAAGACCCGCAUCAUCACUUGUAGUCUCGUCUUCUGAUAUUUUUUUUUUUUUAUUUUCUGCCUCUCUCGUCCCUCCCUACGCCAAAGAUGGAGAACACAGACCCAAGACAGUCACCAGAACCCCAGGUUCCUAGUGCAUCCAAAGACGAUCCCGCGGCCAACACCAAAGAUGACGUAGCCUCCCUGGCCGACCGGCUCUCCCUCCACAGCAUACCUAGUAUAGAUCGCAGCGAUGGCACUGCUAGUCCUGAAGCUUCUUCCAAUGUGCCCAACCUAGCUCACACACCCCCAAACUCCCCCAAGACCCCCAUUUUAGCUCACACCCCACCACCCUUGCCUCCUGCCAAUCCUCCUGCCCAGCAGUUAACGCCUCCUGCACCUGCACCCAGCGAAUCCCCCAAGACAACUGGAGAUGCCCUAAGCAUCACCCAAAGUCCAAGUGAGGCACCCUCCCCUGGCCCUCUUAGUCAGCACUCUGGCCAGGGUGAAGGACAUGAACCCAUUGACCCAGCUCCUGGCCCUCCCAUGAGUAGCGGGGAGAUGGCCAUGUAUGGUGCGUAUGGCAGUAGCCCACCCUCCGUAUCGGGCCACUAUGGUGGCAUAGGAGGAUUGUAUAGUGGAAGCCAUCCCUCAUCAGGAAUUUACAGUGGCUCUGCUUCGUUAGGGAGCAUCUAUGGUAGUGCUGGCCCUCCACCUGUUCCUCCACCCCCCCUGGAGGAGAGUGGUGCUGUGGGAGGGAUUCACCACCGGAGGGAGCACUCCCUCAAUUCUAUACACUCCAUUCACUCUGUCAAUUCCUUCAAGGAGUUCUAUGACAAAUCAACCCUCAACCAGUUCAUCUCAACUUCUCCCAAGCUCUCAAAUAGGGAAAUGGAGAUGAACCGAAUGUCGGGCCUCCAUGGCAGCAUUGCAAGCAGUGGAGAUUACAGCGGCCUAACGGAAAUGUUUACGGAGCCCGUCGAGGAAGAGACUGCAUCUAUUACUGGAAGUUGA